AACCGCGAUGGCGAACCCAUGAGUCGCAAUCAGCAACGCAAGCAUGAGCGACAAGCAGAGAAAGAGAAGCACCGUCAGGAGGUCGAGGCUCGUGAGGAGGCCGAUCGCAAGCGGAAGGAGGAAAUGACACGCAAAGCAGCCGAGGAAGAGACCGAGGAACAACGCUCCAAGUAUGGCGAGUUUCCCAUCAACUACUAUGCGGGCCAGCAAAAGCAUGAGGAUCGCAUCGAUAUCAGAAGCCUCAAGACCGAUCAGGUCGGCCAGAUGGUCUGCUUCCGAGCUCGUCUACACAACAUUCGCAAGCUCAGUGCGCAUCUGGUAUUCAUCGAGCUGCGGCAACAGACAGCGACUGUUCAGGGAAUUUUGCACGAGCAUGGUUCUGUGUCACAGGGCUUCGUAUACUGGGCGGAACAUCUCCACAUCGAAUCGAUCGUUGUGGUCAAAGGUGUCGUGCAAGAGCCGAAGUCAAAACAAGGCGAGAUUAUUGGUGUGUCGAUCCACAACUUGGAGAUCCAUAUCCAUGAGAUGCACGUCGAAGGUCAGCCUACCGAGCCAUUGGCCUUUACUGUCCAUGAGGCGGAGGUCACAAAGGCAGAGACACAAGUUGAGGGAGACGGUCGCCACCGUGUUUCUGACCGAGCACGACAACACAACCGGAUCAUCGACUUGAGGACCACUGCCUCCCAGGGAAUUUUCCGUGUACAGUCUGCAGUUUGUCAAGCUUUCCGCGCACACCUAAGCUCUCUCGGCUUCAUGGAAAUCCACACCCCGAAGUUGCAAGGUGCAGCAUCCGAGUCUGGAGCCAGCGUGUUCAAAGUGGACUACUUUGGUCGUCCAGCUUUCCUGGCACAAUCGCCUCAACUAGGCAAGCAAAUGUGCAUCGCUGCGGACUUCCCACGAGUUUUCGAAAUUGGCCCGGUCUUUAGAGCUGAGAACAGCAACACCCAUCGCCACUUGACCGAAUUCACAGGUCUCGAUCUGGAAAUGGCAAUCGAUGAGCAUUACCACGAGGUUCUCCGCGUGCUGGACAGCACUUUCAAGGCAAUCUUCAAGCACGUCUAUGACAACUGCCAGGACGAGAUCAAGGUCGUCAAGCGUCAAUUUCCUCACGAGGACUUGGUGUGGCUGGACGAGACACCCAUUAUCCCAUUCGCCGAGGGUAUUCGCAUACUCAAUGAAUCGGGAUACAGAGACGAACAUGGCAAAGAACUGUCCGAGAAUGAGGAUAUGGGAACUCGCGACGAGAUCGCUCUUGGGGCUGUGAUCAAGGAGAAAUACAAGACGGACUACUACGUUUUGGACAAAUUCCCUGCUUCCGCUCGACCCUUCUAUGCGAUGCCCGAUCCCAACAACCCUGAACUCACCAACUCCUUCGAUAUCUUCCUCCGAGGCCAAGAAAUCCUGUCCGGAGGCCAGCGUAUUCACGAUGCAAACAUGCUCGUGGAGAAGAUGGAGAAGCUCAAGAUGGACCCAAGAACAUUGGACGAAUACAUGACCGGCUUUGAGUGGGGUGCUCCGCCUCACGGUGGUGGUGGUAUCGGUAUGGAGCGUAUUCUCAUGCUCCUGCUGAAGCUUGGUGACAUCCGCAACGCAACACUAUUCGCGCGUGAUCCCCGAUCACUUCCAUACAAGCCGCCCAUGAAGCAACUCAGACAUCCAGAAGCAAGCACACUGCAUCCUCCGUGGCAGGGUCAGGACCGAGUGACUGCCCACAAGGACUUCCAGCCCUUGGAAAUGCUCAUUGCCAACUACGGUGAUGCUUCGAACACAUCCUGGCUAGAACCGAAAUUCGAGAUUUGGCGCGAUCCGCACACCGGUGCUGCCGUUGGCUUCGUGCAACAAGACGGCUUUGCCAUCACUAUUGGUGAUCCUCUUUGCCACCACCAGCAGUAUAUCAAGACUAUUGGUGGCUUCUUGCGUUACAUCAAGAAAGAGCGCCGUCUCAAACCUCUCUGGCUUCUGUGUGGUAGUGCAACGGAGGAAGUGUUGGCAAACAAAUUCGACUGGAGAACGCUCUCCGUGGCCGCGGAACAGCGUCUCGACCCGACCAACAAUCCGGCCGCCCAAGACCCCGAAAUUCAACGAAAGGUCCGUCACGCGGAGAAGGAAGGCGUCAAAGCUCACGACAUACUUCUCGGAAACAGCGUGCCAGACGACGUCAAGCAAAAGGUCGACAAGCGCGUAGAGGAUUGGCUCAAGAACCGCAAGGGCAAGCAAGUACAUCUCACAGACGUCCACCCGUGGCAAGACGUCGAGCAUCGCCAGUACCACUACACGACUACGAAAGACGGCGAAAUCUGCGGCCUGGUCAUCCUCGCCCAGCUCUCUCCCGAACAUGGCUGGCAAGUCAAGUUCGCGCUCGACUUCCCCGGUGCUCCAUCGGGAGCGAUUGAAAUGCUGGUCCUACACGCUCUCAAGGCCGCAGCGACCAGUGGUGCUACUUCCGUCACAUUCGGUGGCGGCGCGUCGAACAAACUUACGCCAGGCCACAAUCUGAAGGGUGCGAGAGUCAAGGUGCUCGCAAAGGCAUACCACGCGAUUGCUACGGAGCUGAAGUUGACUAACAAGAGCGAAUUUCGCGAGAAGUUGGGCGCGGUGCCCGAUCCAAUUUUUGUCUGUUACCCACCCCAUGGCCUCGGCCCCAGCGGCGUGCGAGCCAUACUUAAUUUCUUCGAAGACGACGACGAUACGUCUCAGCUGGGUUAGUUCUCCCGCGCGAAACAGUCGUUGGCUCCGAGGAAGGAGGAUCGCGAAGAUCCCGCUGGCAGGAGGAGUAUAGGCAGUUUCUACGAC